CCAUAAUCAAUGCUUCGCACCAGCGCCUUGUCGCCUACACCAUGACCCGGUUUCGCCCUUGCAUUGAUCUGCAUGCUGGCCAAGUCAAGCAAAUCGUAGGCGGGACCCUCAGUAUACGCGAGUCUGACCUGAAGACGAAUUACAUCUCGUCCCAUCCAGCAGGCUAUUUCGCCCAACUAUACCGCGAUGCGGAUCUUCUCGGCGCGCAUGUAAUCAUGCUUGGACCAGGUAAUGAGGCCGCUGCGAAGGAGGCACUCGCCGCAUGGCCUGGCCAUCUGCAGGUCGGAGGUGGCAUUACUGAUGCCAAUGCAAAGGAAUGGAUCGACGCUGGUGCUGAAAGGGUCAUCAUAACUUCAUUCCUCUUCCCCAACGGCCGGUUCUCGUUGGAACGCUUAAAAUCUGUGCUGUCAUCCCUGGGUAACGAUACGUCCAAACUCGUCAUCGAUCUCAGCUGCAGACGGAAGGGCGACACAUGGUUCGUUGCGAUGAACAAGUGGCAGACUAUUACGGAAAUGGAGAUUACCAAAGAAAGCAUCUCCAUGCUCGAGCCAUACUGCUCCGAGUUUCUCAUACAUGCCGCCGAUAAUGAAGGUCUCCAACAAGGUAUCGACACCGAUCUCAUCCGCAGGCUGGCCGAGUGGUGCACUAUCCCCGUGACAUACGCUGGCGGCGCGCGGACAAUCGAAGACCUCGACCUUGUGAAACAGUGUAGUGACGGCAAAGUCGACUUGACCAUUGGCAGUGCCUUGGACGUGUUCGGUGGCAGUGGCGCCAAACUCGAGGAUUGUGUAAAGUGGAAUCAGGACAAUGCCAAUUGAGUAUCAUCAAAAUGUUCACUUUUCCGUGUCCUCAUUUCAGGCGACUGAACAUGAUUGAG